AUGGAUAAGCUGCCGGUAGAGAUUCUCUCCAAAAUCAUCGACUACCUUGCUCCACGAGAAAAGGUCCAACUCCAAUCCAUAUCUAAAAAGUUCUUUGCUCUUGCCCGUGAUAAUAAUCAAUGGAGAUUGCAUUGCUAUGAGCAGUCAUGGGCUGCUAGGCAGUCUGCCCGCUCCACUACCAGACCCUCGGAGAGUCUGAUUUCCGACGCGACUGCUUCAUUGUCGGCCCUAGGGCAGGAGUCGUUGGGCGAUAUUAUUCAGCCUUCUGUUCCGCUGGCAAAUGAAGACUCUGAUCUUACCACGGAACUGUCUUGGAGUGAGAGGGCGAGGGCGGCAGCGGAAUGGGAUUCGUCGGCUGAGGGGGAGCAUAUGGACUGGUAUUCGGAAUAUAUUGCUCGCAACGGGCCCAUAUCUUUGUCAUGGGUCGAGCAGCCCUCGGUCCGCAAAGGCGAAGGAAAACGAGGGCAGUCUUAUGAGGUCAAAGGCAUGGGACUGCUCAAAGACUGGAGUUCAGCCAGGCAGAACAAGAUCAUUGCCCCGCUUGAAGAUGGCAGUGUCUGCAUCUGGGAUCUGAAUCACUCCCACUCGGCUGACUCCCAAGCAAGUAAAGGCAAGAUCCUUGGGGUCAGUGAGCCCGGCAUCCUCAUGACGAACAUGUCUGGUCGUCGGGAUCAGUCCUCAUCCAAGGCUUCGUUGGAAUUUAUAAACCUAGGCGAGGGAGUGAGCGUGGAUUCCCUGCGACAAAGAGCCUACCUGGCAGUUGGAAAUGUUCUUAAUGAAGUUGACCUGGAGACGCUGAGAGUGAUUUCGCAGCAGCGCUAUCCCUGGUCGAUUUUCGCCCUUUCCCAGGAGACAGAUUACUCAGUGCCAUUGACACUAGCCACUACGCUCAGCCUGCAGAUCUAUGACUCUAGACUGUCGGCUGUCGAGGAAGAAGAGGCAAUCAGCUCGCGAUGCGAGCGGGGCGCCAGCCCACACGCCCCCGAACUGGGCAUCUUUGCCCACUCUGAUUCGCCCUUGUUCCAACUCCAAUCCAAUGGACAGCCACCUACUCGUAUACGCAGUCCAGGGCCCUCGGAUAUAGGAGCAAACUACGCACCCCUCUUCCAACCUGGUCCUCUUUCCAUCCUGCACCCGCCAGCUCCUCAUGUGAAUACAAUUCUCCUUGCAGGGCGCUUCCCCAGCAUCCUAUGCUAUGACCGGCGCUACUUCCCUCGGCUACAGACAACAGUCCAUUCCGGCGGCCGACUAUGCGGUCUUGCCUCAGUACCAGCGCCUCGAUUCCCAGUCUUCUCAGGCUCCAGCUACCCCGAGUCACAUUCCGUCGUGGCAUGCGGAGACUAUAACGGACGAGGCUCGCUGGAACUCUAUAACCUCAAACCAACACCCGAGGAAGACCACAGCCCCUCGAACGUGACAUCCACUCUCAACCCAGAGUACAAGAACCGCCAAAGCGCCGCGAGUUCCAAACUACUUUCCGUGGGGUCGCACGGCAAUCGCAUCGUAUUUUCUGACGCCGAGGGGAACAUCAAGUGGACCGAGCGAAACGGUCGGUCAGAAGUCCGACGCUGGAACAUCAAUACCUCCCAGCCUCAGAUCCCAUUCGGUCGUCGUAGCCAACAGUCUAAACCGCAGACAGAAGAAGCCCAGCCACGUGGGCUUUGGCCCUCCCAAUCGCCGGGAAAUAACGAGGUCGCUCGCAAGAUUCUCCCCACUGGUGCUAAUCUCACUGGAGAUGAGCUUCUUAUCUGGACUGGAGAGCGCAUUGGUCGUCUCAAGUUUUCCGUUCCUGCGGAUUAUGAUUUGGAGGUCGAUGAUAAAGAAGUCGUCGACGAUGAUGAUCUGUUUAUGCAUGCGGAGGUCGAUGAAGCUACACGCGAAGAGAUGCGGCAUAGACGGCGUGAUGAUUGGGAGAGAGAACAGAGGUAUGGGGAUUACAUGCGCCGUGCGCUUGAGAGGCAGGCGGAUGAGGUCCGCUGGAUGGGGAGUCGGGGGCUUGGCUGA